AUGAGAGCGAGUAAUUACGCGGGACCAGUGCUUUUAAUGUUGAACGGGACGACGUCGUUCGUGCCAGACGAUGCGUUGGUACAGAGACACCGGUUCAGCUCCGUCGGCGGCGAAGGGAUCGGCGGCGCACGGGUGAAAAGCCGCCGGAGGAGGUUGAACGCUUUUUUUGGCAGUGAAGGAACAGCUUUGAUCUUUGAGUUCAUGCCAAAUGGGACUUUAGAGAGUUGGUUACAGCCAAAUCAAUCUGUGCAGCAGGAUCCAAAGAGCUUGGAUUUAAUACAAAGGCUAAACAUUGCAAUUGAUGCGGCAUCUGCAUUGGAUUAUCUUCACCAUCAGUGCGACACAACAAUUAUUCAUUACAAUCUAAAGCCAAGUAAUGUUCUUCUUGACAAUGAGCUUUGCGCUCGUGUGGGUGAUUUUGGUAUAUCAAGGUUUCUUGGAGGCACCGGAGGUAAACCCGACCGUUCAAAAUCUAGUUCUUCAAUUGGGAUUAGAGGAACUAUUGGUUAUGUCGCACCAGAUGACUCUAUUUUGCGUAACCAGUUUCAAAAGAAGGGUGAUGUGUAUAGCUAUGAAAUCCUCUUACGGGAGAUGCUUACCGGAAGAAAGCCCAUAGAUAGCAUAUUUUCUGAAAAUUUUAGCCUUCAUAACUAUGCAAAGAUGGCGCUUCCUGAUAGAGUGAUGGAGAUUGCCGGUUCUCUAUUCUUGUUGGAAGAGGAGGAUGCUCAAAGGGCCAGCCAACAUAACAUUGGUAGAAUAAAAGAGAGCUGGGUGUCGGUCCUUAGGAUUGGAGUGUUAUGUUCAUCUAAACUAUUGAGAGAACGGAUGGAUAUUAGGGAUGUUCUCUUGGAACUCCACAAGAUUAGAAACGCACUUUUAAGAAGAAGCUGA